AUGCAUAAAUUUUUCGGAGCGUUUCGUAUUGGUCGGACCAAGUACAUUCUACGGCAUGGCCCGUAGGCUAGCCCGCAGAAUCUAGAUUAGUAUGAAAACACAGGAGAUAUUAAAAGCGCUGGAUUUCGGUGAUAUAUCAGUAGAUGUAAGCUUAUUGAAACAUGAAAUCCGUAGUUUUCUAUGUAUUUUACGGACCCCUGGAUCUCCAUGGAUUUUUCCACUCCGUGACGACCUCUGGUAUGAAGAACAAUCAUGAUUAUUAUAAAAACUGGUCUUUUCUUGAACAAAACAUUUUUAUAAUAUUACAGAGGGAAGGGGAAUGGUCAAAUGAUGACAUGAGGGAUGGGGAGGUUCCAAAACCGUGAAAAUUUGAUUCGAUAAUAUGCGGACCAUCCCUA